CGUUUUUGUACUGCUAGCGCAUGCGGCAUUUGUUUAUUUUAUUUUUAAUGUUUUCUUGAUUACUCCAGAUUUCUAGACUAUAUAAUCUAGAUCUAGAUUUCUAAUCUAAUUCUUAUCUUGUCUAGGUCUAAUAACAAUACAACAUGAUUCGUCGCCAGGCUCGACUACGGAGAGAAUAUAUUUAUAGAAAAACUAUAGAAGAGCGUGAAAAAGCUAUUCAAGAAAAGAAACAAAAGCUCAAAAGUGCAGUUGAAGAAAAUAAACAGAUACCUACAGAUCUCAGGGCAGAUGCCAUCACAUUACACAAAACUUUAAAAUGGGAAGAUGACGGGGCUGAUGGUCUAACAACAAGUGUUGAUGAUGAAUAUAGGUGGGCGGGAGUUGAAGAUCCAAAGAUCAUGAUCACAACAGCAAGAGAUCCCAGCUCUAAGCUCAAACAGUUUGCUAAAGAAAUGAAAUUGAUAUUCCCUAACUCCCAGCGAAUUAACAGAGGUAACUACAGAAUGGAACAGCUCAUUGAAGCUUGCAGGGCCAACGAUAUAACAGAUGUUAUUUUAGUACAAGAGCACAGAGGUGUACCAGAUGGCCUUGUUGUGUGUCACCUGCCAUUUGGACCGACAGCAUUUUUCACACUGACAAAUGUAGUCAUGCGUCAUGAUAUUCCUGAUGUGGGCACAAUGUCUGAGGCUUACCCACACCUCAUCUUUAAAAAUUUAUCUUCAAAACUUGGAAAACGUGUCAGGGAUGUUUUAAAAUACCUAUUUCCUGUGCCCAAAGAAGAUUCAAGAAGAGUCAUGACCUUUGCUAAUGAGGAGGAUUAUAUUUCCUUCAGGCAUCAUGUAUACAAGUUUGAGGACAGAGAACUUUUACUGAAGGAAGUUGGGCCCAGGUUUGAAAUGAAAGUGUACAAGAUAGUGCGGGGUACAGUGGACAAGUUGGACACGGCAGACACAGAGUGGGUCCACCGGCCGUACAUGAACACGAGCCGCAAGAGGAAAUUUUUGUCAGAGGAGUUGUAGAUGUCUUUCUCGUCAUACAUGUGUACAAAAUAAAUUCUUGAUCAAGUU